AUAUAUUUGGUGUUCCAACCGAUCUGUUAUAGCGCUCCUGAAUCAACCAUCCAAUUUGCAUUUCAUAUAUACGUAUAAUCCUUACGUGUAUAUAUACAUUAGUAUUAGUGCCAUAUUUUGCGUGGAUUUUAGUAUUUGCUACUGAGAGAAGCGAUAAUGGAGACAGCGAAGAGGGCACGACCGAGAUACGACUACGGCGAAAGACGACCACCGCCGGAAUUGCCCUCUUUUCCGCCAGAGAUCAUAAGGGAGAUUCUCCUUCGAUUACCCGCGAAAUCGAUUGGCCGAUUCAGGUGCGUCUCUAAGCUCUUUCGAUCUCUCUCGUCGGAUCCUGCGUUUGCGAAGACCCACCUCGAUCUUUCCCUUCGAAACGACGCCUUCCCAUCGGGUCGGACGAGGCUCGUCGUGAAUUACCGCCACAAUUUCUACACGGUAGGUUUCGAUUCCAUCGUUGAUGCAUGCGACGGGAUUAGGGAUUUGGGUGCUGUUGAGAUCCCCCAGUCUCCUGUCAUGUCCAAUCUCGUCUCAUCGUAUGAUCAGGAUGACCUCUGGAUUGAAGUGGUCGGGUCUUGGAAUGGGUUGGUGUGUACCAUUAAUGAAGAAGCCGACGUGUUCUUGUUCAAUCUGACCACUGGAGAAUCUAAGAGAAUUCCGAGUGUGCUCGAAUUGCUGAAUUCGGGGUCCAAACGGGGGAAAAUCAAUAGGUUUGGGUUCGGGUUCGAUGCCAUAACCGAUGAUUAUAAGUUUGUGGCGCUUGUCACGGGCGAUGUUCUGAAUGCUAGUGUCUAUUCUCUCAAGACAGAUUCUUGGAAAUGGGUCGGAGAUUUGCGUUAUGUAUUUGAUGAUAACGACGACGAUGGUCUUCUUGUAAACGGUGCAAUCCACUGGGUUGCAAGGUGUCGAGAGGAUGGUCGGAGAGUUGUGGUGGCGUUCGAUCCAACGACUGAGCUGUUCAAAGAUAUGGCUUUACCUGAUCAAGCCGAUGACUGCCCACACGCGCAUAGGGGAUUUCUGCUCAAUAAACUCAAUGGCAGACUCUGCAUGAUUUACACCUGCAGGAAGCACGAUGAUUUCUGGGUGAUGAAUGAGCAUGGGGUGGCUAGCUCUUGGGUCAGAGUUCGGAUUAGCGUGUCGUACGAUUUCAUGAAGCCGCUGUGUUCGGUUAGGAACGAGGAGGAAACUCUUAUGCAAGUAAAUGGGAAGUUGGUGCUGUACAAUUUCCGGAAUGACACCUCUACAUCAUUGGUCCUUAAAGCUGUUCAACUACACGGAUAUUUUGAGGCCAAUACAUACAUAGAAAGCCUCAUAUCGCCAAACUCAUAUGGUAGGGCCUAGCACGCGUAGGAGAACGACUUCCAUGGAAUAAAUCUGUGGUUAGACCCUGGAUCAAUUUCAUCAUCACCACCACCUUAUGAUGAUGACGAUGAUGGUUCAUGAAGAAGGUUGUUGCAUAUACAUAUUUGGAGAAUCUUGUAUCAGGAGAAGAUAUGUGCUUCUUCGGUCAUGGAAUAACGUAAAUUUCAUUUAAGAUUCUGAUCCAUGUAGCGGAGUGAGGAUAACGUGUUGUGUAAUUCUGUUGGACGUUUAUUAGUUGUUUUCAGUUUCGUAUCGUAAACGAGGGCGGUUAGUAGCGACUGGUUGAUAAAUUGUUGUUACCAGUGAGGAUAAUGUGUUGCGAAUCAUGAAAUAUCAAGCAUACGCAUCUACACAGAGAACGCUUGAACCGACGGCGAUUAAAUGUCAGAGUUGGAGAAACCGUUUCCGACCAAAGAUCUUACCUCGGAAGAGUCUAAAUUCUGACAUGACUUCUUUCGUUUGAUCGAUGUUCUCCAUGUUUUUACGACAAGUUCGACAUGUCUAUAUGUUUCUUUGGGUUUGUUUUUGUGUUUGGGUUGAUGGAUUCUUUGUUUUCUUG